AUGUCCACCUACGCAAACAAGACUCCCGGCAACGAGUCGAGAAAGACUGUCUCAAAGAAGAAGCAACAGAACCUCGACCGUGUCGCCAACACAAACUCACGCCCAAACUCACGCGCCGGCUCUAGAGUCGGAUCCCGCGCAAACUCGGACAACGAAGAAAGCGACAACGAACUCGAUAACAACAACGACGACUUUGACGACGAUGAUGAUCACACCAGCCGCAACCAAGCUGAACUCACUUGGGAGGCCCAGUUGAAGGAUACUAUUGAAGAGCUCUAUGAGAAGCGAAGCAGCACGCGCGAGGCUGCGUUGAAGAAGCUGGUCGAACUCACCUCUCAACAUUUUACAGCGGAUGUGCUGGAUUCACAGCGUGACGACUUGAUGGACCUCCUCAAGAAAAGCAUCAAGAAGGGUGGCCCCAGAGAGUGUGUCCUUGCCGCAGAAGAUGACGAAAAGAUGUUUACAGAUCUGGCUCCUUUACUCAAGUACACCAUUACCAACCACGAGUCAACCGAGGUCAAGGCUGCUUGCACCUACGCAUUAGGAACAGCAUGUUUCAUCUCUUCUACCCCUCAACCCUCUCACCUGCCCACGUACGAACUCCUCAGCUUCUUCGCCGACAUUGCUCUCUCCUCAGGUGCUUCGGCAAACGCUUCGCAGAAUGGCGAGACUUUGGCUGCGGCACUGGAAUCCUUCAAUGUUCUCUACGCCGGUGUCUUCCAACGCCUCGGACCCAAGACCAUCACAAUUCAGGCACGACGAAUCUUUAACCAGAUGAUCCCUGCCGCCAAGGCUUUGCUGGAACACCCCACGGUAGAGGUCCGUGUCGCUGCGGGCGAGACCAUUGCUGUUAUGCUCGAGAUUCUGGAAGACUACCAGCGCCAGCGUGACGACGGCGAUAUCUCUGACGAGGAAGAGAGCGAGACCUACAACGAUGACGACCCAGAGGACCUGGAGGACGUGACAGGAGAUUUCCGGUAUGAUGAUAUGGAUGGACUUGUGGCAGCCUUGGGAUCCUUAUCAACAGAUUCAAGUCGUCAUCGCAGCAAGAAGGAGCGGUCUGCAGGUCGUUCGGCUUUCCGAGAUAUCCUGAAGAGUGUCGAAGAGCAGGAGCGUCCAACCGAGUCCCUCAAGUUGAGGGAAUACGAGGUCGACUUUGACGGAUGGGUCGAGAUUUUGCAACUGCAUUACCUGCGGGACCGCUUGACAUCGGGUCUUCAGACACACUUUGUGCACAACACCAUGAUUCACACCCUCCUGCCCAGUACAGCCAUCUUGUACUCACCAACACAGGCUUCCAGUGGAACCUUUACGUCUGGAUCCCGCCUAGCAGCAACAGUGAUUUCGCAAUCAGGAUCCAAGGCUGGAUCACGUGCUGGAUCAAGGCCCUCGUCGUCGUUGGGCAUUUAUGCGGACGCUGAAGAUGCCAAGGCUGAGCAGCUCGAUAAGGUCGAUCGCAAGUAUCUCAAUGCUGAGAUGGCCAAGAUGCGGCAAGUCCAGCGCAAGAAGGAGCGUAACCAGACCAAGUACGAUGACUAA